ACAAAACAAAUUCAACAACAAUGUUCUCUUGUUCUUCCACCACCACCGUUACCGCCGACAUGGCUGGUAACGCCACCGCCAUAACAGACGUCCAUCCAGACAUCAUCCGAACUCACAUCUUGACUAGACUCGACGGCCCAAGUCUAGCAUCCACUAGCUCAGCGUCCUCCCACUUACAAUCUCUCUCUUCAGAAGAUGAACUAUGGAGAGAGUGCUCACCGUUGAGAGUUGACCUUCUCGACUACAAAGAGACCGUGCCGACGCUGGUGAAAUUCUCGGGUGAUGAGGAGACUUGCCGGGCAGAUUUGGAAGAACACAUGAGCUUGAGCUGGAUUCUGAUCGAUCCAACCCAUAAACGGGCGGUGAAUUUGUCGAGCUUGAGGCCGGUUUCGGUGCAGCGCCACUGGUUGACUGGAGGCUUUCUGGCGAGAGCAAGGAGGAGAGUUGCAGGUGAAAGAGGUGAGCAUGCAGGUGGAGGACUUGGAUGGGAUGAUUUUGAGCGGGAAUGA